GGCCCGGACGACGUACGCCGUCGGCACCAACGAUAACAAAACAUUCGAUAUGGCUCCAGCACUUCCAGAUGACAUCUUACACUUGCUAUGCGAGCAGUUGGGCGAGCAGGAACAGUUUGACGCGCUGUUCAAUUGCGCAUGCGCUAGCCGAAGUCUUGCUAUACCUGCCUUAACCAAUCUGUAUCGUGCUCAUCACAAAUCUCCCAUUCGCGGAGCUGAUCAAGACGAUGUUGCUUUUCAACGCUCCAUGAGGCUAUUGGUUGUACAAAAAUGGUCCAUCCUAUGGAAGGCCAUCAUCGCCUCGGCUCUGGACGCAACGCUAUUUCCAUAUUGUCGGUAUAUCAGGGCGCUCGAUUUCCGGGACCUGGAAAACUUGCUGGAAGACGACCAGUUCACGGCCAAGGUGUCAAAACAUUUCUUUGGUGGCCCGAUGAAACAGUUCCACAAGACGGAACCAGUGACCCAGCACAACGGGAGGAAGCUCGAACGACUGAACGUCAAGUCGAUCGUUAACGCGAUCGGAGAGGUGGUGACUCAGCAUACACCUACCCUCGAGAUGAUCAGCGGCCAAUUGUCCUCUACGGCCUUGAUGCAGUGGGCUCCCAGGGUUCCCCGCCUCCAGGAACUGGAGCUGUGGGACGGUAGCACCCUCGAAGAUGGACUUGUGGCAGCUUCUAUUCACGAAAAUUGCCCCAACUUCAACUCUCUCAUGAUCUUCCUUUGGACCGGUAUAGACAAGGAUCAUAAGUUUGCUCAGUUCUUAUCAGCGUUACGACCAAACACGUUGCAAAAGCUAAAUACGAUCAGCGACAUUGGUGCCGCUGCGGAAUCUUUCCUUGCGCUCAGCGCUCACGGCCAGUCGCUGAAAAGCUUGAAGAUCUGUGUAUCCGAUGAUUCAUUGCCACAUUUGUCACUACUAUCAGGCUGUACCGCUCUGGAAGAAGUACGCAUUGAAGAUGUUCAUAGCAGGACGACGCUUGAAGAUACACAGAAUGACGUAUUUCUAGAGACGAUCAAUUGGCUCCGCAGUUGCGAGAAGCUAUACCGCAUCAGGUUCACGGGACUGCUCUCUGCUGCAACACUCCUCACGCCCAUUCUUCUGGAGCAAAAGAUUCAGUUGAGGUCACUCGAGAUUGACUCCUAUGUUUUGAAAGAUAGCCGCCAGUUCCACCAGGCUCUCGUUCACCAGAAAGAUUCCCUGGCCUACUUAUCGCUCAGUGGCGACACGGAUGGGAUGUUCCGUGAUGAUGUUGACAUUCUUGUCGACUCUCUCAAAGAGCUGAAACAGAUGGAAACCCUUCGCUUGCUCUUGCAAGAGAUGUUCCGGGAGGAACAUUUGAUUAAUGUGGUCAGCAAUCUCAGUCGACUGCAGGAGCUCUAUGUUAGCGGUCUCGAGCUUACAGACAGCCUUUUGGAAGUAGUCGGCACGCUCCCAAACUUACGCAGCGUAGCCUUUGCGGGCAUUUCAAAGUUCACCAUGGGCGGGCUUACCGGCUUCAUCCACCAGCUAGGCCCGACUAACGCUGGCAUACGCGUCAUGAUUGACAUGGCCGAUCCUGACACUCUGAUCGAUGAUGGGGAGGUCAAUGACCUAAGGGCCCUAUUAGCAGAAAAGGUCGGGGGGACUUUAGAUUAUACACCAUGGAGAGAUCCGAAUGUCUCAGAAUUCGAAGGCGACUCGGACUAGGAUGAUUUUUGCUUUUCGAAUCGAUGUGAAACCAGAAGAAGGAUCAAGUUAUGACAGGGUCGGUAUUAGCGGGGUUACCAAGAGGCUAGUGUUACCUCUAGCGCUCUACUUUUGUAUGCAAAAGAUUAUCAUUCUCGAUAGUCAUGAUACCAGAAACGAAGAGAAGAUGGUCU